AUGCACACGGGCGAGGUCUCCGCGCUGGCGCCAGGCAUCCGUGGCGGGUACGUGCUGUCUGGCGCGGCGGACUUCCAGCAACAGCAGCAGCAGCAGCAGCAGCAGCAGCAGCAGCAGCAGCAGCAGCAGCAGCAGCAGCAGCAGCAGCAGCAGCAGCAGCAGCAGCAGCAGCAGCAGCCGCAGCAGCAGCAGCAGAUGCCCAGCGGUCACAACCACGCCCCGGUGCAGUGCCUGCUGCCGGUGCCGGACGCAGCGCCGGCGCGCGGCGGCGCAGUGUGGUGCGGCGCGGGGGACGGCGCGCUCAGCAUGUGGCGCGACCAGGAUGGCGGCGGACGGCUCGAGCAGGGAUGGCAGUUUGUGAAGCCUGAGGGCCAAAGAGGCAUCCGCAGCAUGUUGCUUGUCGAAGCACCGCAGCGCGCCAUGCAGGGGGCGCCGGCCGCGCCUGCCGCGGCCGCGGCGGUGUGGGUGGGCUGCGACGACGGCCGCGUGCUGAUGUACCACCCGACCACCGCGCAGCUGCUGGGCAGCUGCCGCGUUUGGACCGCCAGCGAGCGCGCCAUCGCAAUUGCCGACGCCGCCACGGGCGCGCCGCUGUUCGCGCUGCCCGAGCAGGAGGGCUUUGUGAAGUGGCUGGCGCCGGCCGGGUGGGGCGUCUGGGCCGGCGGGGCGGGCGGCAUCAAGGUGUUUGCCGCGCAGGGCGCGUGGCAGGAGGCGCGGGAUAAGGGCGCCGUGUUGUCACGCGAGCUGGCCGCGACGCAGCAGCAGCUGGCGGCCGCGCGCGCCGACGCCGCGGCCGACGCCGCCCGCGCAGAGGCCGCCGAGCGGCAGCUGGCCGCGGCGGCGCGCCGUGCGGCCGGGGCGGAGGCGGCGGCCGCGGCUCUGGAGGAGCGGGGGCGGGCGCUGGCGGCGAGGGCGGCCGAGGCGGAGGCGGCGCGGGAGGCCGCGGCGCGGGAGGGGGAGGCGGCGCUCUCGGAGCAGCGAAGGGAGGCGGCGGCGGCCGCGUCCGCCGCGCGCGAGGCGGCGGCGGGAGCGGCGGCGCGGGGGCGGGAGCUGGAGUCGCGGCACGCGGACGCGUUGGAGGAGGGAAACGUGCGGCUGGCAGCAGCGGCACAGCAGAGGGCUGAGCUCGAGCAGCGGCUGGCCGAUGCGGAGGAGAAGGCAGAGCAGUUGGAAGAGCGGCUUGGUGCUGAGAUGCAGCGCCGGGAGGCGGCCGCCGCGGCGCUGUCGGCGGCCGAGGGCGCAGCGGCGGCCGAGCGGGCGCGGGCCGGGGAGGCGCUGGCGCGGGCGUUGGCGGGGCAGCGGGAGCUGGAGGGGCAGAUCCAGGCGGUUAGAGAGGAGGGGCGCGGGGCGGCAGGCGCGGAGGCUGCGGCGCGCGGCAGGGCGGAGGAGGCGCUGAGGGAGGCGACCGCCAAGGUGCAGGCCCAGGCGCAGCAGUUGGAGGAAGCGAGGGCCGCCCUGGCGCAGGCCGGCAACCAGGCCGCCGCGCUGCGGCGGCGCGCUGACGACGCGGCGGCCGCAGGGGCGGCGGACGCCGCCUCGGCCGCCGCGCGCGAAGCGGCGCUGGCCGCGAAGCUGGAGGAGAGCGGCGCGGCACAACGUGCGGCGGAGGCGCGUGCCGCGGCAGCUGAGGCGGCGGCGGCAGACGCGCGCGGCGAGCUGGCGGCGGCGCAAGCUUCCGCGGAGGAGCAGCGGGAGCGGCUGUCCGCCCAGCUGGAGGCAGCUGCAGCGGAGGCCGCUGCAGCGGAGGCGCGGGCCGCGGCAGCCGCCGGCGGCCGCGAGGCCGAGGCGGCGGCGCUGCGGGAGCUCCAGGGGGAGCACGACCGGCUGCGGGCAGCGCGGCGGCAGCUGUCGGGCCGCGCGCGCGCGCUGCUGGCCGGGUCGAAGCAGCUGGAGGCGCGCGUCGCUGAUCUGGAGGCGGCGCUCGAGGCGGCGCGCGCCGCGGCGCAGGACGCCGACGGCGGCGCGCAAGCGGCCGCCGCGGCGCUCGAGGCAGCACGGGGCGCGCUUGCUGAGAGCGAGGGGAGGGGCGCCGAGCUGGCGGAGCGGCUGGGCGCCGCGGAGGCGGCGGCGAGCGCGGCUGAAGCGCGGUGCUUGGUGGCAAAGUCCGAGAGAGCAGAGGCGGUGCGCCGGGCCGAGGCCGCUGCAGAGGAGGCGGCGGCCGCGGCACGCGGCGCGUUGGAGGCGCGGGACGGCGUCGCGGCGCUGAAACGUCAGGUCAGCUCGCUCAGGCGGCGCGCGGCGGAGGGCGAGGCGCGUGUCGGCGAGGAGCGGCGGCGGGCGGAGGAGGAGGUCUGGCGGCUGGGGGAGGCGCACGCAGCGGCGCUGGAGGAGCAGUGGAGGGCGCACGAGAGGGAGCAGGUGGAGAGGCAGGAGCAGCAGCUGCAGCAGCAGGAGGAAAAGCGGCGGCAGCAAGAAGAGCAGCGGCAGCAGCAGGAGGAGCAGCGGCGGCAGCAACAGGAGGAGCAGCAGCAGCAGGAGGAGCAGCAGCGGCAGCAGGAGGAGCAGGCCCGGCUGCGGCGGCUGGCGGACGACGACGAGCGGCGGCGGCGGGAGGAGGCGGAUGCUGCCGGCCGGGACGCGGCCGCGCGGGACGCUGCGGCGCUGAUGGCGCGGGCUGAGGCCGCAGAGGGCGAAGCCGCGCAGCUACGGGCGCGGCUCGCGGAAGUCGAGGGGGCGGCGGCGGCCCUCGCUCAGGAGCUGGAGGCAGCGCAGGCAGCGGCGGCCGCCCGGGCGCGGCCUGCGUCCGUGCGGCGCGUUACCUCAGGUGUCGUGGAAGGGUCCGCGGCUGGAGGUGGGGAGCCUCGAGCGGCCCGGCCGGCGGCCGGCUCGCACGGGGCGGCGGCGGCGGCGUACGCUGACUGGGCGCGCCUGGAGGAGGCCGCGGCGGUCGCGGCGGCCGCGGCGGCGGCGGCCGUCGCGCGAGAAGGCGGGGCGGGCGCGGCGGCGGGCGUGGCGGCGGGCGUGGCGGCGCUGAGCGGGCGCCUGCACAACGCUGAGCGCCGGCUCGACGCCGCUGAGGCCCAGGCGGCCAGAGCUGAGCGGCUGGGCGCGGUCAGGGCAUCCCAGGGCGACGGCGCACGCAGCGAUGUGGGCGCACAGACGGCACUGCCUGCGUUGGCUUUGCAGGAGCAGCAGGCGCUUUGCGCGACCCCACCAGCCGGGGCCAAGGGACCCGUGGCGGCGCAGGAGGACGAGCAGGCGCGCGCCGACGCGCCUGCGGCGGGGCGGUGCGCCGACGCCGCCACCGCCACCGAUUGCAGCGCGGCCGGCGCCGCCGGGGCCGGAUGUGAGGAUUGCGAUCAGGCGCAGCUGGCGCGGCGGCAGGCCACCGCGGACGCUGCGUUGGAGGCGGCCGCCGAGGAAACAUACCAGAUGCAGCUCGCCCUGCGGGCGGCGCAGAAGCAGCAGGCCGUGCUGACAAGGCGCUGCGAGGCGCUCGAGGCCGAACUGGGCGCCGCGCGCGGCGAGGCGGCCGCCUUGAGGGCGCGCGCCGAGGACGAGGCCGCGGCGCAGGGCCGGGAAGCCGCGCGGCUCGCGGCGGAGGGCGCGGACGCGGCCCGGCGGAUGAGCCGGCUCGAGGGGGCGCUGAAGCAGGCGACCGACGACUACGCGCUCAUGCUCGCUGAGCUGGCGCGCCUGCGCGCCGACUCGGGCGCGGCGCGCGCUGCGGCUGAUGCGGGGGCGGCAGCCGCAGAGGCGGAACGAGCGGCGGCGACAGAGGAGGCGUCCAGGAAACGGCUUGCAAACGAGCAGCAGCAGCGGGAGCAGCAGCAGCGGGAGCAGCAGCAGCGGGAGCAACAGCAACGGGAGCAGCAGCAGCGAUGGGAACAGCAGCAGGGGGAGCAGCGGAAGCAGCCCGCAGCGAGCGGAGCCAACCAGCUUCCCCUGGUCAACGCGGUCAAGCCGGCAGACGCUGCAGAGGCUGGGGCCCAAGCCGCAGGGCUUCCCUCCACACUGCCAGUAGCCGCGGGCGGCCAGCGGCGCCGAACAGGCGGCAGGGCGCAGGGCCGCGGGGCCGGCGCGGACCGCGAGCGGCACCUGCCACCCUGCGGAUUCGUGUGA